AUGUAUGCAAAUAUUAUUGAGGAUCAGAUAAGAGAUGGAAUCGUUGAGGAAUGUAAAGAUAAAUCCGUUAAUUCUGGUUAUUUCAUGCCGCAUACAGCUGUUUUAAGACCCGAUAAAGAAACAUCCCGUGUUCGUAUCGUUUUCGAUGCUAGUUCGAAGGAUAUUGGUUUAAAAUCCCUUAAUGAUAUGUUAUUGUCAGGUCCAAAUUUGAACCCGAAUAUUUUGGAUGUCAUACUAAAUUUUCGAAAGCAUGAAAUUGCAUUUUCUGGUGAUAUUGAGAAGGCGUUUUUAAUGAUAGACAUAGAUGAAAAUGAGCGCAAAUGUUUAAAAUUUAUUUGGAUUGAUUAUGAUAAUUGCGAAGGUUUUAAAAUUAUGAAUAUGAAAAGGUUACCGUUCGGAGUUACCACUUCCCCUUUCAUUUUGAAGGCAAUAAUAAAGUACCACAUUAAAAAAUAUGCCAAUGACAAACCCGAUUGUGUUAAAAUGUUAAAUUCUUCGUUACACGUGGACGAUCUGUACUGGGGAACUGAUACAGUUAAUGAUGCAUAUCGACUGUCAUCUGAUGCUGUAAAUAUUUUGCAAUCCGCGAGUAUGAAUUUGCGGAGAUGUAAUUCUAAUUCAAACGAAUUAAAGAAAUUAUGGAAUCAAAAUGGUAUUGCCAUUAAUGAUUCAAUUGCACAUGCAAAGGUGUUAGGUCUUCGAUGGGACACAGAAAAUGAUGUACUGUUGAUUGAAUAA